AUGUUGCUCAGAGAGUACCCCAUUCAUCUAACCUCAACGGCAAAGAUUACAUUCUGGCUCACCGAGACUUCCCUGAAGGAGAGCUCAUCCGGAUCUUCAUCACACCUCAUUGCACUCUUCUUCUUCUAUUCACUACAAGGCCUUCCCUACGGACUCCAAUCGCGAUUCCUACCGCUCAUUCUUCGUUCGCAUGGUUCCUCUCUUACUUCUCUUGGUUUCUACAAGCUCCUCUACCUCCCUUGGGUUUUUAAAAGCGCCUACGCUCCCUUUGUCGACAGUCACGGCACGCGACGUCGUUGGCUCCAGUUGUGCAUUACUGGGCUCCUUCUCUGCAGCUCAUUUCUUUCCACUUUUUCCGCUGCACAAUUGGUUUCCUCUACUCGAAUUUUACCCUUCUGCCUUCUCAUUUUCAAUUUCUGCGCGGCCACUCUUGAUAUUGCUGUGGACUCACUUGCUAUUGGUAUGCUCAGUCAUUCUGAACUCUCUCGUGGCAACACAGCUCAGGUGGUGGGAUACAAAUUUGGUGCCAUAGUAGGUGGUGGAUUGCUCUUUUCGUUCUUUUCUUCGACGGUGGUGUUUGCUGCUCUCUGUGGAUUCUAUGCCUUGGGGCUGUGGGUUGCAACCUAUUAUAAAAGAUUCGAUGAACCUGAGAGGGUCCAAAAUACCACUGGUGAUAAGGAUCGUAAGAGAGAGGACAAGCAAAGCUACAGUGAGGUACUACAAACGGCCCUUUUCGAUUCACCCUCCACCCCGGGACUUAUCGUCCUCUUACUGUCUUACAAAUUGGGUGAAAUGGGGGCCAUGAAUAUGUUGCCAUUGAUGCUCCUCGACCAUGGCAUGCCGAUGGCCGUUGUGGGUUUUUGGACUGGUGCAGUCGGCCAGGCAUUCUCCAUUGUUGGCUCGUCCUCUGCCUCUGUCAUAGCAAGUCGUUUUGGGAAUACGGUGGAUAGUCUUCAAUUCCUCUUCCUCUGUCGUAUCGUGGUCAUUUCACUGCUCACCGCUUUUGCGUUCUCCAUCAACUUUGUCAGUCACUGGUUUGGCGUGGCGCUGAUGAAUGCAACGCUGGUAGUGAGUGGAGCCAUCACCACCAUCGUCUUCACCCUCAUGAUGGAAUGCACGCGAAGCGAGGUUGUGGAGGGUGCGCGCGCUACUCAUUACACCAUCCUCUCCACCGCCGAGGUGCUGGGCAAACUCCUCUUCGCUGCCCUGGGAGCUGCUGCUCUUACUGACAUCCUCGGCUACCCACUCGCCUACCUCCUCUUCCUCGCACUCAAUAUUCUUCCACCCUCGCUCCUGGUGCUUGGUCGACGUCGGUGGCCAUUCCUUCAUUCGCAUAAGUUGGUUUCCUGUGACAGUCGUCCCGACAAACUUCUUUAA